GUAUAAGACUCCCGUGGGCUAUAAUGCACCUGAUCUGAUGCUCUCUCGUUUUGGCGAUAGCACGUGACUCCACACAAGGUGAAGCGAAAUGAAAAAGUUGGCUGUGAUUCCCCAUUAUGGCUGUUUUGGUCCCUGUGCACCCUCGCCCAACCCAAAUUGCUUUCUGCUCUUUCUUUAUGGUCAUGGCUUCCAAGUUUCAACGUUCUGCUCGAUCUCGCGUUCACGUUCUCUUUAAUACUAAAUUGUUUCUGUCUGAAUUUUACAAUUCAGAAAAAAAAUAUUGACUUACUAUGCCCUGACGCAACCAUUACCGUCCAAGAAAGGAAUAAAUAAUCUCUUAGUUUUUGCCUUAUAAGAUUAAAGAAGAUAGAAUAUCGCCUUGCAAACAAUCUAUUUUAGCUUUACUCUUCCACGUUACAUUCUAUUAAUUAAUCUUCUCUGAGACCGUGUCAGGCUGUCACAGUUAAGGACGUGGGGUGGGGGGCUAACUCUUCUAUCCAAAUGCAAUCAACACCCUAUCUUUCUUUGGUCUUUACCUCGCAGUUUCUGGCUUCUUGUAAAUGCUGCUUGGUUUGAACUUAUCCUUUGAUGGGGAAGAACGGAGGUAGCUCAUGGUUGACUGCUGUGAAAAGGGCUUUUAGAUCUCCUUCUAAAGAGACUGAUAAGAGGAAUAGCAGAAGAAGAGAGGACCAUGAACAAGAAGAAGAUGAAGAAAAGAAGAGAGACAAGAAAAGAUGGAUAUUUAGGAAACCCGCGAAUCAAGAAACGGUGACACAACAGACGCCUUCGAAGGAAGCAACUGAUAAAGCUUCUGCUGGUGGUGGUAGGGCGGCACCGACGGACCAUGCGUCUGUCGCGGCAGCUGAGACUGCGGUAGGCACUGCCCAGGCGGCGGUGGAAUUGGAAGUAGCUCGGCUCACUAGGCCUUAUUACGAGACCAGAGAACAAUAUGCAGCCAUUGUUAUCCAAACCGCUUUUAGAGGAUACCUGGCAAGGAGGGCACUUCGUGCGCUUAAAGGGCUAGUGAAGUUGCAAGCUUUAGUAAGGGGACACAAUGUGAGAAAACAAGCCAAGAUGACACUGAGAUGCAUGCAAGCUCUGGUUCGAGUACAGGCUCGGGCGCUGGAUCAACGCAUGAGGCUUUCCCAUGAAGGCAGCAGGAAGUCGACAUUUAACGACACCAAUAGCGUAAUUGAAUCGCGAUAUCUUCAAGACAUUUCAGACAGAAAAUCAAUGUCAAGAGAGGGAAGUAUCACUGUUGAUGAUUGGGAUGAACGGCCUCACACAAUUGAGGAGGUUAAGGCCAUGUUACAACACAGGAAAGAUGCUGCAAUCAAGCGUGAAAAGACCUUGCCGCAUGCUUUCUCUCAGCAGACAUGGAGAACUGGUAGGAGCCCGUCAAUAGGGAAUGAAGAUGAGCUCCAAGAAAGACCACAAUGGCUUGACAGCUGGAAAGCUGCAAAGACACAGGAUAGGAGCAGAGCCAGAGCUUCAACUGAUCAAAGAGACCCCAUCAAAACUGUAGAAAUUGACACCUCACAGCCCUACUCAUACUUAUCUUCGAAUUUUAGAAGAACCAAUCAAAGCCAAUAUCACCAAAACCAACACCAAAGAUCCAAUUCACAUUUGUUCGCUUCUCCGCUCCAUAAAGCUCAUCAAACUGCACCUCUCUACCACUCUCCCAUUACACCCUCUCCAUCAAAAUCCAGGCCUGUUCAGGUCCGGUCAGCGAACCCGCGUUCUGCAAGAGAAUAUAGAAGCUACAAUCCUUCUCAAACACCAAGCCUGAGGUCCAAUUACUACUACACUGGCAAUUUGCAUCGACAUGGAAGGGUUGGGGCCAGUGGUAGUAAUGCUGGUAAUGCUACCUUGCCUAAUUACAUGGCUGCAACCGAGUCUGCUAAGGCUAGAGUGAGAUCCCAAAGUGCACCGAGGCAAAGGCCAUCAACUCCAGAGAGAGACGGAGUUGGGUCGGCAAAGAAAAGGCUUUGUUUUCCUGCCCCAGAUCUCUGUAGUGUAGGGAUGGGCUAUGGGGGUGGCUUUGGGCAUGGCUUGAGGAGUCCAAGUUUUAAGAGUGCUAGUGGUGUACAAUUUGGUGGGUUAGAACAACAAUCUAACUAUUCCUCUUUCUGUACGGACAGCAUUGGCGGUGAGGUUUCACCUUCUUCAACCAGCGACCUCAGGAGGUGGUUGAGGUGAUUCCAUGAGCCCGCAGUAGUGAGUGCCAUAAUUCGAAUCCUGAAUUUUUAGGCUUCCACUUUAUUUUAAGACUGUGACCCUACUGCUGGUCGUUGGAUUGUAAUGUCCAAACAAUAGAUAAUUGAAUUGAGUUUCUGGAUAGCUAGUUUCGUAUAUAGUUUGAACAUGGUAUUCAAAUCGAGUGUUUUUUUUGUUAUUUUUUCACAUAUUCAUCUGAAGUUGUAACUAUGGGCGUGUGGCCUUUUUCUUUCAAGCAAUUCUUCUUGACGAUUUA